UGUCAGUUGGGAAGAAUUGUGCCCCAUCAUUGGUGUCAGGGGGAGGAAUCGUGCCCCAUCAUUGGUGUCAGGGGGAGGAAUAGUGCCCCAUCAUUGGUAUCAGUGGGAGGACGUGCCCCAUCAUUGGUGUCAGUGGGAGGAAUAGUGCCCCAUCUUGGUGUCAGUGGGAGGAAUAGUGCCCCAUCUUUGGUGUCAGUAGGGAGGAAUAGUGCCCCAUCAUUGGUGUCAGUAGGGAAAAAUAGUGCCCCAUCAUUGGCGUCAGUUGGAGGAAUAGUGCCCCAUCAUUGGUGUCAGUGGGAGGAAUAGUGCCCCAUCAUUGGUGUCAGUGGAAGGAAGUGCCCCAUCAUUGGUGUCAGUGGGGAGGAAUAGUGCCCCAUCAUUGGUGUCAGUGUGAGAAAUAGUGCCCCAUCAUUGGUGUCAGUGGGAGGCAUAGUGCCCCAUCAUUGGUAUCAGUGAUAGGAAUAGUGCCCCAUCAUUGGUGUCAGUGGGAGGAAUAGUGCCCCAUCAUUGGUGUCAGUGGGAGGAAAAG